AUGCCACAAGAAGAUAAGAUCGUUGUUCAUUGGUUGAACUUCUCCCGUGCCCAAAGAAUUAUUUGGUUAUUAGAUGAGUUGAACUUAUCUUAUGAGUUGAAGAUUUAUGAAAGAACAAAGGAGUACAGAGCUCCAAAAGAAUUGGAUGAAGUUCAUCCUUUGGGCAAGUCGCCAGUUGUUGAAAUCACCAAGCCAGAUGGUGAAGUCAUUCAACUUGUAGAAUCAGGAUGGAUUGUCCAGUAUUUGCUCGAAAACUAUGACGUUGAUGGAAAAUUCAAACAAGCUAAUGCUCAAGAUAGCAACCAGGUCAACUACUUUCUUCAUUACACUGAAGGAACCUUACAACCUUUGUUGGUUGGUUUGUUGGUCAAUCAAAUGGCUACUAAAGUUCCACCAUUUCCAGCCAAUUGGAUUGCCGGUGCUGUUGUCAAAGGAAUUAAUGCCAAGUACUAUGGUCCAGAAUUGGAAAAGAAUUUAAAGUAUUUGAAUGGAAUUGCUGCUGCUCAACAUGCUAAGGGAAGUAAAUAUAUGGUUGGAAACAAAUUAUCUGGUGCAGAUAUCAUUUUGUCAUUCCCCAUUGUUUCAAUCUUUACUACAGGUAGAAGCGUGCAUCCAACAGUUAUUCAGGAAUUCCCCGAGUUGUACAAGUAUUACCAAAACUUGAGUCAAGAGAAGGGAUUGAAGGAUGUGGAUGAAAAGGUCGCCAAACAUGAGCGUAGUCCACUCAAGUUGUAA